GGGAGGUAGACUUUGGGUGCGAGCGGUCUACUCGAACACAGUAAUGCCGACCAGCUUCAACCGGGUGCCGCCAAAUCGAACCCCGAUUCGAAUCCCGAACGGGAAGAAGCGCGAGGAACCAGAGGAGAGGAAGGAGAAGGACGAAGACGGUGGUGGAGGAGCAAAGGAGGACAACGAAGACGACGGCAAUAGCAACAACAACGACGACGUCGACGACGACGGCGACAACGAAGACGACGACGACGACGACGACGACGGGGAACGCGAAUAAAAAGAAAUCGCGGAGGUGGAAGAGAAAGAAGAAGAAGAAAAAGGAAAUAGCAGUGCACACAAUGCUCAUGCUCAUUAUGGAGGACAACAAACUGGAAAUUCUAUCUUAGCAUCGUUUCACACAGCCCAGCAAUGUAUUCAACAAGGUAACAACAAGCGAUCGAGGAUAUGCACCUGCUUUGCUGUGUGAUCCUCUUUGAUGUCACUCUCUGAACUUUGAAUGUCACAAGAAGAGCAGGUUCGAGAAAGAGAGAAAACGCUGAGGGAGCAACAUCACGAAAAAAAGCGUCUUUCAAAGAGGAUACUUGCUUCUUCCUUUGCGCAAGAGUGAAAUGUUUUACCAUUUCGCGCAUUUACCCAAAUAUACGCGUGUCGGAUACUUCGCAUCCUAUGAUACGCGAAGCAAUUCUUUAUAAGUGAAGAGAGAGUUGUCGGCAAGAUCGUUGACGGAGCAAUUAUCGCUUCAUUCAAUGGCAAGAUUUGAGAUCGAGAAACGAGGAUAGAAUUCACAAAAAAACGUGCAACGUUCCUGAAGUCGACCAACAUUUACUUCAAUCAAAAAAGACAUCAGCAAUUACUUCAACUUGACUAUAACGUAUAUUUAAAAGAGUCCUCGAGUGCAUCACGGUAUCGCGCAUCAUCGCGGAUAAUCGUCCUGCAACAGCUGCGGUGCAUCACAAUCACUUAUCGUUCUCGCGAGGGCAAUUUUUGCACGAACGCACGAACGACGUCCCCAGCGAAUAGAAAAUAAACAAGAUACUGAAAGCUAAAACUUCAGGCCCGCAACUUUAAGUCCCUCGUGAAUAAUCACCAGUCUAGGGGCGAAAGUCUCGGCAUACAUAACCGACCGUAGUCGACCGAUGACCAGCGCAGCCAGCCAAAAGAUUGCAGAAAAUCCAUCCGUGCAACGAGAUAAAUUCUCUCGCGUGUGCCGCGCGGACGUGCAAAACAAAUUAGAAGAGAAAGACAAAAACAAAAUAGAGAGAGAGAGAGAAAGGGUGAGGGAGCAGGAAAAGGAAGGAGAGGAAAAAAUAAAAUAAAAAAAAACACAAGGACGGAGAGCUUGAAGGUACGAGAGGUGGUCGUCCGAGCACGCUGAUAAACGCUGAGUAAUGGGGACGCAAAUUGCGUGCGAGGAAUACCGCGUGAGAAAUGAGUGCCCGAUGCAAAUUCUUCCGGCCGCGAGGGCGACACAACGACCGGUGCUACCGGACGCUGUAAUUUCGUCUAAACGGCACGACGCGACCGCGAACGGGUCCACGAAGCUGACCGUUCCUCGUGGUAUCAGUGACGAUCCGACAAGAGACGUGUAAUUCCCGGAGGAACUCGCCAAUUAGCAAACCGCCUGCUUGGUAGAGAAUUUCCCUUAAGUUGAUACAACGUCGGAUGUAUCAACACACGAAGAUCAUAGACUGGGAUUAUGUUACGUUACGUUAUUACAGCAUCGAUAACUCUCAACACGUUCCUCUUCGCUAUGAAGCAAGAUACACAAUCUGCGAGAUACUGACACAAAUGGUCCGUAUGUACGAAGAUUUAGACGCGGAUUAUCCUCCAACGUCAAUAGCUCUUAACCCUGAUCUCGCGAUGCGGCAGCGUGUUACGAUAUUAGGUCUCUGUAUAGGCUCCGUGAUACUACGAGCCGACGUGUACAAACUUCGCGGUACUACAAACUAACGCGUAUAGUCUUCACAAUAGAGAGUGACUCGGCAAGUCCGUAAGGCGUCUGUCGGUCUUCCCGGAGUUUCUGCGGCAUCAAUUACACCUCGCUUCCCCGGGCUUGUUCCCCGGGAUUGAUGCAGACUCUUUGCCGGAAGAGUGACUGUGCGAUUAUUCGAGAAACGACCGUACCGCUUUAAACUGGAGGAAGCGACUUUGCGUUGCAUCAUUCUCGUGAUCAGGUAUAUCGGAACGAACGUGCAUCUUUAAAGCUUUCCACGAUGCCGAGUUAUUAUAUAAUCAUGUAAAUAUAAGAACUAAAUUCUUCAUCAUUAUCGAUCGAGUUAAUAUCAACGAAAGAUGUUUGCUGAGAGAUAGUGAGAUUGACUAGAAAUCAUUGUUCUAUGAUGAAAUCCAACGAAAAAGUAAAUUCUUAGCAUUGCGUUAAUAAAAAUAAUGUAUUUGAAUGACAAUUUUUCUCGUAUUAUUAGACAAAUACUAAUACAAACAAUUUUCGAAGUUAGACUACAGAAGGUGAUUAUGUGUUUAGUGACAAGGUUUUGAUCUCAAAUUCCGCCGUGAAAGAAACAAUCUGAAGGAAAGUGCGGGCAUACUUUGAACUAAGAUACCUUACGGUGUAACGUAUCAAGGCUCAAGACAAACUCCUCGAAACGGACUCCUGGAUUUGUCUACGCGAUAGAGAGAACGUCAAGUGGCCAAGUCACAAUCGCAAAAGUCGGGCGGAAUUCUCGUCCUCGAGAAACUUUGUUCUUUCUAACGUCAAAGAUCAAACAAAGGAUCAAAUAGUCAGGUGAAACGGACGCGCGUAUCUUCCAAAAGUUUCUCGCGAAGAGAAGGAGAACAAGAGGAAAGAAGUCGCGUGCUACUCCUCUCGAGAGGCUGCGCUGAUCGUCGCGGACAAUCGACCGUUCAUAGUGAUCCGUUCUUUGUGAUACACCGCGUACCGGGGAAAAUAAGAGACAAGUAACACCGGAAAAAGGAUGAUGGCUAGAACGGGAGUGGGUGGCGUCGGCGGUGCCGGAAUGCUGAGAACCAGGCGAAGGGACGUCAGCGUCAAGCCAAAUAGAAAACUCGACCGAAAGUCCUCAAGAGGGAUGAUUUACGAGAACGAGGAGCUGAGACUGAGGACCAUUCACAUCAACGCCGAGGUGGAGCAAGGUCAAAACGAUAUCAAGAAGCUGCGCAGGGAAAACGAGCAACUACGUAGGGAAAUAUGGAGCCUCAGGGAUGAAUACGACAAGCUCGAGGAAAUUCUGAAGAGACAGAAAAAUCACGACGAAAGCGAAGAGUACGAGGAUCGCUCCGAGGAGGAUGACGGCCCGCAGUCGGACUUUUCCGGCGACGAGGACGAGGAUAACGAGAAGACGGCCGACGAUUUUAACCAGGAGGAGCAGUUAGAAAACGUGGAGAAUCAAAAGAUCUCUUCCGAGAAGAUGAGCAGUAGUCUGCAUCGGCUUCACGUGGAGUUCGACGAUCUGUCGGUCGUCGACGAAGAGGAAGAACCAAAGAGGGAUAAGGAGAGAAAGGAUACGACCCCGUCGGACGAGGGCCAGAGGAACGAGGCCACUCGACACCCACCCCCGUCGAUCCUCGGCCCCCGGCAACUUCACGAUAACAUCCCGUUUUAUCCGGCCACGUACGAACCAACGAGUAGUUUUAGCGGAACCAGUUAUUACACCGAGUGCCCGUUCGAGUUCGGUCCGAGUACGGUCGAUUUAAUGCUGGCCGCGGAUACGUCCGCCUUAUUGGUUUCGCCUUGCUCGGGAUUACAGUCUGAUCCAUUGAUCCCGCCGGUCGGCCUGAAUGCCGAUCUGGAUCGGGUGGCUGAUCCAAUGUUACCUCAAAUUCACGUUCCGCCCGUCGGUUGGCAGAACGACGUGGUUCCUCAAAAACAGCUGCCGAUUUAUACAGGCACGAGCGUCGCUCCUAUCGCGUCGGUAACAAGGAUGCAAAUGAUGGGAAAAUCGGAUUCACACUCGGAACAUCAGAAAAUGAUUCCUUUAUUGGAAAAUUCGACAUCCUCCGAUGCUUUUAGCUUGUCGAGGAGAAGGAAUGUAAGUACGAGGCAACCCGCAAAAUUCCAACCCAUGUCAGCUAUUCAAGAUUCGCGAACGCAGCUUUCAAGUUCUGAAGAAACGCUGGGCAAGAACAUUUGGAACGUCACCGCGAAUUUUACCGAUAAAAUGCAAGCAAUGAUGAACGGAGAAAAAGAUAUGCCAAAUUCGCGAAUUAAUCAAGAUAUGGAAGAAAAUACUAUUGUAGCGUCUACGGUGCCCGAAAAACCGAAACAUUUUUUCGCACCGCUGUCUUUCAAAUUGAAAAAACAAGAGGAAGAAUCGCCGACCGCGAGUAUAAGUCAUUUUGGAACCGGAACCAGCUCGAGCAGCGGCAAAACAGCUUCUACAAUCAUUUCCAGGACCAAUCCUUUCGCGCAAAAAGGUUCGGCAGAUAUUUAUGUAAACGGCGCGAUACCUUGCGAGGAUGAGACUAAAAAUGAUUCGAAGACAUUCCUGAGCACCGAUAAUUUCUUGAUCGCGGACAACAGAAGCGCUCAAUUGACGAAAUCGGUAUCGUGUCAAGAUCUUUCAAGCGAUUCUCAGAGUAUAGAGCAACAAUUAAAAUUAAAUCACAUCGAAUCUCAGAUGUUUACAAAAAGCGACAAUGCUCUGGACAAUAUGACAAACAAUUCCGAUAAACCGUACAAGAGUCAUCUAAAUGUGACAUUGAAAGUACCACGAGUCGAGCAAACACCGAGCCCGGAGACGCCGGAGGUUCCCAACUUACCCUCGAUAGACUACCGUCUCUUCAGGAAUCCCUUUCUGAGAAACUUAGACAAGAUCUGUCCCAGCUAUCAAGUAGAGCCGAAACCUCCUUCUGCCACCAAGCCACUCUCUAUUCAAGUAAAUGACGAUGGCUUCGCUUAUCAAUAUCCGCCGGCUUACGGUCGAGGGGUUCACUUCAACGAGAAGUUUCGAACUACGCAUUUGCCGGAUCAGAAUCGAUUGCUGAUACCCGGCGAUCAACUGAUGAGCGGCAAGCAGGACAUCCAAGUGACUUCCUUCGAGAAACCAAGUCCUUGCACUUUGAUACCGUCCGCGACUCCGUACGAUCUGACGACUCUAAGGAGAUUGAACGCAAAUCGAUAUCUUCAAAGUCAGAAUUUAUACCAAAACGUUCCGUUUAUACCGCGAGGUCAAUUUUAUCCGAGAAGAGGCGAAAUGUUGUACUACGACAACGUCGCGACGAAAGUGCCGGCGCAAACGCAAACGUCGCUCGACGGUGACUCGCAUCACGAGGACGAGGAAACGAUCAGCGCACCAAAUUCGCCAGGCGAAGAGAGACGGAAGAAGAUCGCGAAGAGGGAUAAGAUUCUAGUCAAGGAUCAAAGACCGCUAUCGCCAGCGGCACAGAGAAGACUGAAGAAGCAGAGUAGCGCCACGUCGACGGAUACGCUCGAUUCGCCGGGAAAAUUGACGCGAAAGAAACCGAGAAAAUUGAGCACGACGACCAUGUCUGACGCGCAAGAGGACAAGAAUGAGAGCAGAUCGUCGUCCUCGGGACAAGAUUCGCCGCGCAAAGAUCAGAACCGACGGAUAUCCACCUAUAUUAAUCCUAAGAGACGACCGUCUCAAACGUCCUUGAAGACAUCGAGGAGCGGAAGUGUGGACGCGUCCAAGGAGAAAACGGAUGGCGCCGCGCCGAAUUUAGAGCGCGAAAGGACGAACUCGGUCAGUAGUCGGGAAAUUGCCAGUGUGAAACCUCGCAAGACUAGUACUAGUAGUGGUAAUGUGCCAUGGUGCGCGUGCUGGGGAAACGGCUGCAUUUAAUCGCAGUUAUUACAUCUCAUUCAGGGAUGAAACUAUAGAGAAGCGGAUACAAAGUGCAAAGUAUGAAACGCUGAUUAAUUUCGAUAUUAAAAGCCAAAUGUCAAUAAUUCUACAAUUAGCAUUAAUUGUUAUUCAAACAUUAUCAUUAAUUUUGUGAUUAAUUUCGCUCGCAUAAAAUUAAUCAUUAUGCUUAAAAAAAUUAUAGAGUAAUAUAUAAAU